AUGAGUUAUUUAUUGGACGAUAAAAAAUUAAUAUUAAAAGAUUUGAUAUCGAAAAAUGAGGCCAUAAAGAGGGAGAAUAAACAUAUCGAACUUGAAAACGAAGCCUUUUUGUGUCUAAUUGAAAAAUAUGAAGAGAAAAAAAAAAUAUUAAAAGUUAUUGAAUAUAUACAUUAUGUUUGUACAUUAUUAUAUAAGAACGAAGAAGAUUUUAAUUGCAUAAAUAAUGAUGAAAACUUUUUAAAUAACCUUGAAAAGUUAGUAAACAAUUCUAUAUUAAAGCCUAAGGAGAUUUGUAAAGAUAUACUAGUAAGUAAUAAUGACAUUACAUUGAAUGGUUGCACAGUUUCAAAGACUAGCGAAAAUUUUGAAAAGAAAAAAAACCAGACAAAAAAUCAAAUGAAAAAUCCAGUAUAUGAUGUAAAUAUUAGUGAAAUAAUUGACACAAAAAGGGAAGCAAAUAAUAAACAGGUUGAGAAUGUAGAAAAUGCUAACAGUGCUGACAAUAGUGAUAUUGCUGAGAAUACAGAUGAGGUGAAAGUUGUGAAUUUUUCGAAACAAGACAAAGAAGAAGAAAUGGAAGAAAAAAAAAAUGCAUGUUUAAAUAAAGAAAAAAAUAUUUGCUUGCAUUGGAAUGAAGAAAGUUCGACUGAUAAUUUUUUUCAGACUGAGGAGGUGUGUAUUCCCCAAAAAAUAGCUACUAAGGAACUAAACUUUAUGGGAAAGCAACAACUUAUAUUUAACGAGAUUGAAAAAAUAAAAAAUGAAAUAAAAGAACUAACUCUAUAUUUUGAGAAUGCCAAAAUUAUUGUAAAUUCAGUGAUAUGUCAAAGUAAAAUAUUUUUAUUUGAUAUUAAUGAUGAAAUAAAAAAUUAUAAAAUAAUGAAAGAAAAUAUAAAAAAAAAUAAAUUUUUAAUGAAAAAAUCUAAUACAAUAAAUGAGUUUUAUAAUAAUAUAAUGAAUAAACAAAAAAAGAAAAUUGAAGAAUCUCAAAAAACUAAUGAUACUUUAAUUAAUUUAUAUAAAAAAAAAUAUACUGAUAUUAAAUCUAUUUUGUCAAAUAAUAAAGAUAUAAAUACUGUUGAUUUUUUAUAUCUACAUGUGUUAAUUAAAAAUAAAAAAUUAAAUUAUGAUAAUCUUAUGCGAACCCAUGAAAAUGAUUAUGCCUAUCUCAGAAAACUGAUAAGUGACAUUAACACAAUAGAUAAUGAAAUAUCGGAAAGUGAAAAAAAGGAAAAAGAUAUUUUGGCAAACUUAGAAAAAAACAAUGUUACAUUAAAUGAGAUGGAUUCAUUAAUUAUUGACCUUACAAAUCAAAUUAAUAAAACCAAUGAAAGUUCAAACAAGAUAAAUAAUUACGAGCAUAUAGACACCGCUGGAAAAUUUUCAGUCAUUGAAUUCAUAAAUAUAAACAAAGAAAUUUUGUCCGUGGAAAAAAAGAUAAAGUGUUAUGAAAGAAAGAUUGAAAAUAUAAAGAAUGUGCAAUUAAAUUACAAAGGAAAAGAUAUCUUAUAA